UUGAAUAAAAAAAAGGAAUCCAGAAAGCUCUGGUACCCAAAACGGCUAAAAACUUUUGAAACCAUAACUCUUUUCCAGCAUCAGCCUUUAUUACAACAAGUUCCGUAUGCAAACUUCUCCACUGUCAGACAAACAAAACGACAUCUCAACUCCUACACACAAAACUAUGUCACUAGUCCCCGCCCCACCACCAUCACAGCCUGACGGGCCGCUCUUCGCCGAGGUCGACAUGGGUGGCGACUCCUUCGCCCCCACCAUCCGAGCGACCGUCGUCCAAGCUUCGACCGUUUUCUACGGCACCCCUGCUACUUUAGAUAAGGCGGAGAGAUUGUUGGCUGAAGCAGCAGGGUACGGGUCCCAGCUGGUGCUGUUCCCAGAAGCCUUUGUAGGAGGAUAUCCACGUGGCUCGAAUUUUGGUGUUACCAUUGGGAACCGAGCUGCUAAAGGGAAAGAAGAGUUCCGGAAGUAUCAUGCUUCAGCUAUUGAUGUUCCUGGUCCUGAAGUUGACCGUUUGGCAGCCAUGGCUGGAAAAUAUAAGGUGUACUUGGUUAUGGGUGUCAUAGAGAGAGAUGGAUAUACUUUAUAUUGUACAGUUCUGUUUUUUGACUCUCAAGGUCGGUUCCUGGGGAAGCACCGAAAAAUCAUGCCCACAGCAUUGGAGCGUAUUAUUUGGGGAUUUGGAGAUGGAUCAACAAUUCCAGUUUUUGAGACCCCAAUUGGAAAAAUAGGUGCUGCCGUUUGUUGGGAAAAUAAAAUGCCACUUCUAAGGACAGCAAUGUAUGCAAAAGGUGUUGAAAUAUAUUGCGCACCUACUGCUGAUUCCAGGGAUGUCUGGCAAGCAUCAAUGACCCAUAUCGCUCUGGAGGGUGGGUGUUUUGUUUUGUCAGCAAACCAGUUCUGUCAAAGGAAAGACUACCCACCUCCUCCAGAAUAUCUGUUUUCUGGGACAGAAGAGGAACUCACUCCAGAUUCUGUUGUCUGUGCUGGAGGGAGUGUGAUUAUAUCACCAUCUGGAGCUAUUCUGGCAGGACCCAAUUAUGAUGGGGAGGCACUUAUAUCAGCGGAUCUAGAUCUUGGAGAAAUUGCACGGGCGAAAUUUGAUUUUGAUGUGGUUGGGCAUUAUUCAAGACCAGAAGUGUUUAGCUUGGUUGUGAGAGACCAUCCAGCAAAGCCAGUUACUUUCACAUCAGCAUCUGAGAAAACUGAAGACGCUUACAAAUAGUUGUGGUCUUAGGACCAAGACUUGUCUCAGUUUGCCAAAGUACAGUCCCCUCAGUAAUAAUCAGAUGAAUAAAAUGUUGUAAUGCCAUCUUAUAACUGCUGUAUUUUCCUGUAUUGAAUUUGGCAUAUCUUUCAACAGAUGUAAAUUGUUAAUACAAAUUGAUAAGUAAAACUUACUUUGUGAUUAUGUGUAUCUCCUCUAACGUUUAAACUCAGUAGUGAUACAAGUCUGCUUCUGUUAAUCUCA